CCCCUCAACCCUCAGUUGCCUCUCAGCAGCAUUGCGAUUCAGAUAAUGGAGUACGUCCUCUCAUUUCUGAAGAGCCAUUUUGAGCUGUGGCAGAGCUGCAGCUCAAUCUUUAUUGAUAGCAACCUCAACUACACUCUUAUUAGUGGGUUGGGGUUGAUCUUUUUGUACCUGAGCUACCUGGUAUUAAAGCUAUUUUUCACAACCAUCUGGAAAACUAAGACCAUCGAAAAGUGUUGGGGUAGAGCCAAGAGGCGGUGGAAAGGUGGAACAUUUAGAGAUUCAAGGAUUAACCAGAAAGAAGCAGAGGAGGGAUGGAAGCUUCUUUCUGUUUUGAAAAGACCCCAGAGCCAACAUCAAGAUAUCCCCAGUUUCCGUCACCUGCUGUGUCCAGACCCUCACUGUACGGUGUGUAACAGAGUGGCUGCCAAAGUCAGUCGACUGCUGUCGCUGGGGAAACUGAUAGAUGAUACUUCCUCUGUGCAUUAUAUGGCUUCCUCAGCUUCUGUGAUUAAGACCUCAUUGACUGUGACAUCUGGCCACUCAAAAACUCGUCCAAGAGGCCAAAAAUCAGCCUCUUUGCGUGUGCCAUCUCCACCUCCCCCUUCUACUGUCUCACUUAACCAUGGUGCUUCUUUACCUGGUUUGCUGUCCCCCGAACCACCAGCUGACUCAGUACCACCAGAGCCUAUUCCUCCCUUGGCUUCAAAACUCCCAGUGGACCCUUUCCCACCCCAACCUGUUUCUAUUUGCCCUCCCACACCACAUCAAUCUCAGAGAUCAGAUCAUGAUCUCCAUCCAGAGUUUCCUCUGUCUGUAAUGAAUAGCCCUGAUGGGUUGUCAACUGAUAUUCCAACAGUCAGUGAAACUGACCAUUCAAUGCCAGAAUCAUCCUGGCAGCAGGCCCAGGUCAAGGAUGCCAAAGACUUGUCCUCUUCCAACUUAGAACAAGAUAGUAUCAAGCAUGAGCUUCUUGAUGGCCAAUCUUCUGAUACCUCUUGUACAGAACAUGCAUCCAACCUUGUAGAACCCACUAACUUCUCGUUACUCAGCCAUGAUGAUCUGGCACUCUUGGAGAAACAAGUAAGAAAGAGGGGUGAUUUCCUGAUCCAGAAGGAAAGGGAAAAUAAAAUGGAACCAUUUAUAAAACAACUUAGUUCAGACCACCAACUGAGCACUUCAGAGAAAAUGAUAGAGUCAAGUGCUGAUAGACAUGACUCAGCAGUCAGUGCAGACCACCAACUGUAUAUAGCAGAGCCAAAGUUAGAGUCAGAUGCUGAUAAGCAUGACUCAGCAGUCUCCCUUUAUUUUGGAAACAGCAAAGGCAAACCAAAGGAGCUGCAAAUGAACCAGCAGCCUCCAUCUCCUAGGACCUCUGACAAUCAGUUACAAGAAUUUUGGGGUCUUCCAUCUUUGCACAGUGAGUCCUUGUGCUCAAUUAUCCAUCAUUCAGAUGACUGUCCCUCAACUUUGGUCAUCUUUAAUGGCAUCUCCAAAGCUUCUACAUCUCAAGGAUCUUUAGGACUUUCCAAUUUCCAGCCUCUGAUCUUGCCUGAGAUGCAAUCUCAAUCCUCAACUAAAACUGUCCCCCAGUCACAGUCACAACAUGCUACUCAGGCCCAGUCUCAGUCCAACCUUCAAUCUCCAAUCCCAAUGCUACCAACAUCUCCCGAUUUCCAGCUUAGGAUCUGUGGAGUGUGCUUCCAUAGACCCCCUAAUGAGGCACAGUGUCUCAUGCAAUCUGAACUUCAUCAGCUAGAAUACAAAGUGCUACAGAAAGAACAGGAACAUUUGUGGGGUUUACCUUCUAUGGUCCAAACGUCUCAGGAAUACCUUUGUCCUCCACCUCCCAACUUUUCAUUGGGGAGCCAGUCCUCCAAAAUACAUGUUCCAAUCUCAGUCAUUCCUGGAGAUUACCCUCUGAGCAGUGAGCUUCGUAAGAAAUUUGAAUACCACCUUAGAAAGAGACUCAUCCAACACCAAUGGGGCCUACCCCGCAGGGUCUAUGAGUCUCUGACACUGAUUAAUCCUGAGAGAGAUGUUCCUGAAAUAUAUGCAUCAAAGAGUUUUAACAGACUCAAAUGGAUAUCUUUGUUGAAGGAACAGAGUAGCAACAAUUUAAGGAAUUCUGAAUCGAGCCAACUUCCAAUCUCCUGUGAGACAAGCUCAGAAGAGUUUCAGUCAGAUAAUGAUGAGAAGGACCAUCAGAGACACAGCCCAAAGAAUGGCCCAAGUGAUCAUCUAUUGAGUGACCCAGAAGGAUACUCAGAAAACAGUUUAGAGUCUGACUCUGAGAAAGAUCAAGGAAGUCAAAAACAGAUAAAUGGGGCAUCAUCUGUGAGAAACAUUAGCUUGAACACGUCCCAGGAGGUUUAUUUCUUGGGUUCUGGCAAACAAAAGAUGCUGGAAGAACAUAUAAGCAGUUUUUUCAUGAGGAUGAAAUGUGGCCUUCCCACCAGGGUCCUUGAAUCCAUACAGAUCUUCAGCAAGAGAGAGGAUUCAUCUUCUUCCUUAGGCCAUUCCUAUGGUUCCUCCCAAGGUAGCCUUAGUUCUGGGACGCAUUCCAAAGUUAUGUUAUCCAAGUCACUUGGUAGGAGCUCUACACCUUUGUGUAGAGACAAAUUGAAGAUGAGAAAGUCAGCACCCAAUUUGGAUCAUCUUCCUGCUGCAGGUGUUCAGAUUAAAGAUGGCAGAAAGAGUUGUCUGUGCAUCACAGACAAAGAAAUUAAGAAAACUGGACCAGACAGUGGACACAGCGUAGUGCUGGUGUCCGCAAGUCAUGAUGGGAUUGGACCUGAGCCAAAGGAUAAGACAGUGAGUUCCAGCAACAAAGAAGAAAGGCUUCAGGCUCCCAAAGUAACGACUUCAGAAUGCUUCCCAACGUUUAACAAGUCUAGAGAGAUAUUUAAGGCAAAGGAGCUCCUUGCUCUUCAAUCAAAAUCUGCCAAUGCCUUGACAACCAACAAGUCAGGGGACUCUGUAGCAGUAGAUGGGAAAACAAAGAGAGAAGAAACUACCCUGGCUACUGAAAUUCCCUCACCAACAUCAGUUUCUCAGGAUCCUAAACUAUCAGAAUUUAAAAACAACUUGAUUAAAGAAUUAAAGUUGAAAUUGGAGAAUAGGGAUCAUAGCUCUGUUCAAAAGCAGUCUAUUGAUAUGGCUGUUGCCUCAGAUAACUUGAUCUCCAAAACCUUGAAGACUCAUGCCCAGGGUGUCUCCAAUGGGAAGAUGGCAGCUUCUCAGGUUAUGCAUGUACAUAUGGACAACACACCAGUCAGUAUGGAACAGCAUCAGGAGCCCUGGGUCCCUAAGCAUAUCUUCCAGAACUGCUGGGAUCAGCAUGUCCCACCAGAUUCCAAGAGACUGAGUCAUUUGCGACCAAAAACAGGAGAGCUUGGUGAAGGGGAUGCAGGGUUGGGGACACCACAACCCAGUAGGAAGAGCUGCCCUGGUCAAGACAGGGCAUUAAAGAAGAUGCUUGGAAGCAGAUCUUCCCCAGCCUCGUCAGUGAAGGAUCAGCCUCCUCCUGAAAAUCUGUUCCAAAAACAGAUAAAGAAAUUUUUGCAAUGGAUUUGUCCUAACAGCACAAACAAAAGGCAAGAAAGGUUCCUUGGAAAGGGGACCUCCUCACCAUCAACUCUGCAGAGCCACAGCAAAGUUAAUAGUAGAACUGCCUCUACUGGCAACACCAAAACUCUGCAAGUGAAGACAGACGUUGGCAAGGUGUUAGAUGUGAAACCAGGGAGUAGCCAUGGUGUCAGAAUCACCUGCCCCCAAGAGUCACGUUCCUCUCCAACAAAGCCUGUGAAAACACUUAAGGCACAAUUGCAGGCCCAGGCAGAUACUGUCCAGGGACAUCCUUUUAACUACACGGCUUCCUCCUGUAAAACAAAAACUACCAAGUCCUGUAGCCAAGAAGCGUCCUUGGCUGACCAAAAUUACUCCUUGAAGAAUCCACUGACCAAAGACAGGGUGAGACAGCCCCAGAAAGUUGUGGCAUUCAAGGAUCUGCCACUAUCACAGAGGCAUCUGGCAUCCAUGCCCAAUAAAGAGUUCCUGCCCCAUCCAAACCAUACCUGCAGGCGUCAAGCUAGCCAGGUAUCUGCAACCACACCUACAUUUUCUGAAGGCACUGUAUUGGGAGAUCUGCGUCUACUCUUCAAACAUAAAAUGCUCCUUCAGCAUUUCCAGGGAGGAAGAUUUCCUUCUACCAAAUAAUUUAUCCCUUUUUGAAAUUACUGAUUUUUCACAAUAAAUAUUCUAAUGAUU